AAAGCACACAGAAAACACAAAAGGGUAACGGAGGCAUAAGCUUAGGAAUAACGCACCCAACACAAAAUAAGGGCACGGAUCAAUGACAUGGCAAUAAAUUUAAAUUCCCGCCUAAACCCCUGGUCCCUUUGAUUUUCAUUUCGUUUGCAAUUGAAUUUCAAUUUCUGAAUGAGCUUAAUAUCUCCCCGCAUUUGUGCCUAGCCUUAUGUCAUAGUAUAUCAUAUCAUUUCCUUAUCUUUCUCUCUCUUCUUCUCUCCACCCAAACCCUAACUCCCAACCCUAUUCCCCUCUCUCCCAUCUGCCAUGAAAGGAGGCAAGUCAAAAACCGAAUCUAAGAGAGGCGAUGCCAAACUUGCUGUGAAUAAGAAGGGUGCGCCAGCCAAGGCCAGGAAACCAGCAGGCAAGGGCAAGGCUGCGAAAGACCCUAACAAGCCAAAGAGGCCUCCCAGUGCUUUCUUUGUUUUCAUGGAGGAGUUUAGGAAACAAUUUAACAAAGAACAUCCUGACAACAAAGCCGUGUCUGCUGUGGGAAAAGCUGCUGGAGCAAAAUGGAAGUCUAUGUCUGAUGCUGAAAAAGCACCAUAUGUGGCAAAGUCUGAGAAACGAAAGGUGGAGUACGAGAAAAGCAUGAGAGCCUACAACAAGAAACAGGCGGAAGGUCCUACUGGUGGAGAUGAAGAAGAGUCUGAGAAGUCAGUAUCCGAGGUGAAUGAUGAUGAUGAUGAUGAUGAGGGCAGUGCCGAGGAGGAAGAUGAUGACUAGAAAGUGGACUGAUAACCAUUUAUGUAGGUUUUGAUGAUUUGGAUCAUCUUUUGUAGGUGGUCUGGUCAUUUCCUGAUAAACAAACAUGUUUCUUGCUUCCAGAAAAUAUUUCUCUGCUCCCUCCGUAAAUUUGUUUUGUCUGUCCAAAACGUGAAUAGUUGAAAGAUGGGAGAUCUUUAUUUGUAUUUCUAAAUCCAACUGUUUAGUUAAGGGGUGUUUAUCUUUUGUAGAGCUUUUUAGUUUGAUUUAGUUUUCUUGUUGAAAUCUCGUUAAGUUUGUAUGAAUAUAAUUGGCUUAUCAUCCCAUUUCUGCUGUAUAUAUACACGUAUGCUAUGAUGCGUCACACCUUAAUUAA